AUGAGCGCUGGUCGUUUCUACAGGCAUUCUACCCUGAAUUAUUUAAUCCGCCGCGCCCUCAGCACCGCCGGUCUUCCCGCGACAUUGGAGCCGUCGGGCCUCUCGGCGGCUGACGGCAAGAGACCUGACGGCUGCACUCUCGUGCUAUGGAGCCUGGGUCGCCCCUUGGCGUGGGACGCUACCUGCGUCGACACGCUGGCCCCGUCCCACGUGGAGGGGUCUGCUCGGAAGCCGGGGACGGCCACGGACCAGGCACAGACACUGAAGCGCCGCAAAUAUGCGUUCUUAACGAACGAACACGAUUUUGCGGCGCUUGCAGUGGAAACGUUGGGUCCGUGGUCAACCUACACUAAAAAGUUUGUUAAAGAGGUAGGUCGCAAGUUUGCAAUGUUGGAAGAGCUGCGGCAGUUUGGGUUGGACCGCCAUGACUUUCCGACGCUUUUGGAUAAUGUAUCCACGCUGCUGCGUAUGUUGACGCUGAACAUCGACAGCCGGAAUACCAAACGAAUAUCAUUUAUCUUCUACGUGUUGAUGCUGGUAUCUCUAUCCUGCUACUUCUACGCUUUAAUAAUAUCUAUUAUACGGUUUAUCUUCUUUCGGGAUGUAGAAGAACAAUUGUUGAAGAAAAGCAUAGCAUUCUGUCAACUGGUUAUCAGUACGGUGUCCCUCGCCAUCUUUUUGUACAUGUAUUGGAAUAAAAAUAAACUAAAAAGAAUUAUAGACGCGUAUAUUCUCUGCGACUCUAAAGUAGAACCCAACAGCAGGAUGUCCAGAAACAUGAAAGUGACCUUAAAGUCAGUCAAAAAAAGGGCAUUCUUUUUUUGGAUCUUCGUCGUGAGCGAAGCUGUAGUUUACCUUAUGGUUCGACCCCUGGUUGUUGAGAGAAGUUCUAUGAAGGAUUAUCAACUUUUAUGGGGUCUUGAUCCAAUGGUCGAAACACCUAACUUCGAAAUUUCAGUUUUUGUCAUAACGAUGACCGUGCCGGUAAUUGUAUUUGUACCCAUCAACACUAUAGUCCUUCUCAUAGUCAUCGCCGGCUACUCCGAAGCCCACAUGUUAGCCCUCAGCGAGGAGCUGCUGUGUCUAUGGGAAGACGCCGUAAUCGACUAUCAGAUGCAGCCCCCAAUAAAGGAAUCAAAUCACAUUAUCUCCAUCGACGAGUUUGUAAAACGACGUUUAGAAAACAUAAUUAAAUCUCACGCGCAAAGUAUCCAUAUGUUCCAGCUGGUUGAAGACGUGUUUAGAAAUGGAAUUGCUAUUCAAUUCAUAUUAUUUUCAAUAGCUCUCGUAUCUUGUCUGAUGGCAGGCUUACAGAACACAUAUGCGCAAAUCCCUUUUAUUUUAAUGAUUAUAGGCAUGAACUGUUUCACCGGUCAGAAUCUGAUGGACGCAAGCUGCACUUUCGAAGCUGCUGUCUAUCGUUGCAAAUGGGAAAAGUUUGACAGGAAUAACAUGAAAUCUGUGCUGUUGAUCCUGCGAAUCGCGCAGAAAAAUAUGAAGUUGUCAGCGAGGGGAGUGGUUUUCUUGACCUACGCGAGUUUCACUUACAUUGUCAAAAGUAUCUACUCUAUGUAUACUGCGUUUAAGUGA